AUGCAAGACUUCACUAGCAUAUUAAAUAUAAUAUUUAUAAUAAGUGGUGGUGUUUUAACUUUUGUUAUUCUAUUUAUUUUUGCCAAAAGACAGAUUACCAGAUUUGCUCUUCGUUCAAGACGAGGCCCUCAUGUUCCUAUUGGGACUGAUGCUAAGAAAUGCCUGAAGAAAGAAAUAGAGCGAAGGAUAGAAGCUGUACCCAGGAUUUUGCUUGAGCCUCGACUACUGUGUGGAGAUCUUUCCCAUUAUAUUCUGGAGCCCCAGCAACCGUAUCACUACCGAUUUAGGGCUGUAGAUGAUGUAAAAAAUCUAGAAGAAGAAAUUGUUUGUCAAGAUCCUAAUCUGCGACGACACCCUCGUGAAUCACUUCGUGCUUUUUUACUCUCAUGUCUGGCCGCCCCACUUGAUGGCAGAGGACAAAAGCUGAUCCACCAGUUCUGUGAUGCAUAUGAGUCUGCGAGACAUCAUCCAGCUGAGUUUGGAGAGGAAGAGUAUAGGUCUUAUAAUAGAUUACUGCUGAAGUUAUUAGAUGCUGCUCGAUUACUAAAAAGUGUGGGAUGUGUGAGUGGAGGGUCUAGGGGAAGUCCUCAAAGACGACCUGCGAGGCUGCUUGACCCCACACGACUUCGGCCUCCACUUGCACAUAACAAUCAGUACACAGCUCUAGAGAAUAUGCCAGUAGACUCAAAGAUAGAAGAGGAAAUAAUUCAUGUGCCGAUUAAGAGUCCCAUUGAGACCAUUGUGAAGCCCCCAGCUGAUGAGACAGCUGUCUGA